AUGUGCCCUACACCAGACCAACCUAUAACUUCCAACGGUGACGAAGAGAUGGUCCCAAUCAUAAAUGAUGGACCUCACAUCUCAUCAUCUACCAACGGUGAAAUCAAAAGAACGAAUGAAAGUACGAGUCAACAGCCACCUGCCGUCAAGUCGCAUAAGGGUUUGUACGGUAGAGCCAGCGAUUUCUUGAGUAAUACCUCUAAUUGGAGUAUUAUCGAAUCCACUCUUCGAGAGGGUGAACAGUUCGCCAAUGCCUUCUUCACUCUCGAAACCAAGAUCAAGAUCGCUAAGAUGCUUGACGAAUUCGGUGUUGAAUACAUCGAACUCACCUCCCCUGCCGCCUCACCCGAAUCGAGAGCUCACUGCGAAGCUAUCUGCAAGUUGGGUCUCAAGAAGACCAAGAUCUUGACUCACAUUAGAUGUCAUAUGGAUGAUGCCAAGUUGGCCGUUGAGACCGGUGUCGACGGUGUAGACGUGGUCAUCGGAACAUCUUCAUUCUUGAGAGAACACUCCCACGGAAAGGACAUGACAUGGAUCACCAAGACCGCCAUUGAAGUUAUUGAAUUCGUCAAAUCCAAGGGUAUCGAAAUCCGAUUCUCAUCGGAAGAUUCAUUCAGAUCCGAAUUAGUCGAUUUACUCUCCAUUUACCGAACGGUCGAUAAGAUUCACGUGAAUCGAGUGGGUGUCGCUGAUACCGUAGGAUGUGCCGAUCCAAGACAGGUUUAUGACCUUGUGAGAACUUUGAGAGGUGUUGUCAGUUGUGAUAUUGAAUGUCAUUUCCAUAAUGAUACUGGUUGCUCCAUCGCAAACGCCUACGCUGCCCUUGAAGCCGGUGCCACCCAUAUCGACACUUCCAUUCUCGGUAUCGGUGAGAGAAACGGUAUCACCCCUCUUGGUGGUUUGAUCGCUCGAAUGAUGGUCGCCGAUCCUGAAUACGUCAAGGGCAAAUACAAGUUGUCCAUGCUCCGAGAAUUGGAGAACGUCGUUGCUGAAGCUGUUGAGAUCUCCGUUCCUUUCAACAAUUACAUCACUGGUUUCUGCGCUUUCACCCACAAGGCCGGUAUCCAUGCCAAGGCUAUCCUUGCCAACCCCUCUACAUAUGAGAUCUUGAACCCUGCCGAUUUCGGUAUGACCCGAUACGUUUCUAUCGGUCACCGACUUACCGGAUGGAACGCCGUUAAAUCCCGAGUCGAGCAACUCAACUUGAACCUCACCGACGAUCAGGUCAAGGAUGCCACCGCCAAGAUCAAGGAGUUGGCCGAUGUGAGAACUCAAUCGAUGGAAGAUGUUGAUAUGAUCUUACGUAUCUACCACACCGGUAUCCAAUCGGGUGAUCUCAAGAUUGGUCAAUCUGCUGUAUUGGACAGGUUGCUCGAGAAGCACAUGCCCUCGAGAGAUUCUUCACCUAAUGGAAGUGCCAAUGGCAACAAGAGAGCCAGACUUGAAGGUGCUACUGCUUAA